UGACGAUUGGGACCACGACCGCUGUAGCUAGCAAAGCUUUGGCGCACUGCUCCAACUUUGGGAGACCUAGGCCAGGCAUUGAAACGACGACGCGUCGUGCUGGCUACGAGACAUGCACCGUCCGAUGUCCUUCUCGUGUCUGCUCGGGUUUUCGUUUCACGACUUUCCCUAACUUACAGAAAUACCUACGGCCACCACACAUAAUAAUUUAGGCUGCACCUAUUAGGAAAACUUUCUCGAGGCGCGCAUCCGCAUCCGCACAACCCACCCCUUCUUCGACAUCUCCGUCUUCCUCGCUGCCAUGGUUCCCAAAAAGACGGAGCCGAGUCGCAAGACAACAAUAGAGAUCCCCCUCCCCUCGGUGCGAAAAUAUGUGCGCGGCUCAGGCCCCCCCCUCCCCAAAAUCUCCCUGAUCCCGCCACACGACUCGACGGGCUACAUUAUCGACAAGUUCGUCCUCCCCCCACGCGAGCAGACAACUGCCACGACGCGCCGCCUCAUGUACUACCGCAUCGGCUUCACAGAUCUCCCAGCCCUAAAGGUCCUGGUUCCUUGCCACAAGGUCCUCGACUACGUCUCGCCCCGCGAGCUGGAGGACUGGGAAUACCAGAACAUGGAGAGGAAGGAGCAGGAAAAGGCCCGCGAGCUCGAGGACGAGGACAAGGACAAGCAGAAGUCAAAGUCAACCGCUCGCAGCGCUGACCGCCCCGCCAAGGCCCGCCAGGUUGAGGUUGCUGCUCCGGAAUCCGUCUUGAGCCCGCCCGACAAUGCUCUCCUGCUCGCCAAGCAAGCGGCCGGCCCGUCCCUUGCAACUCCCCAAAAGAGGAAACUGGGCCGCAUGUUGGACGACGAGGACCAGAGCGAGAGCACCAGUAGUCUCGAGUCCGACAGGUCUGCCCUCCGCCGCCAGCUCUACUCAGAGAUGGAGGAGUCCGAGGGCAACGUCGAGCUUGGCCGUGGGCCAACGAGCCCGUUACCUUCUGGACUCCCAUUCAAGGCAUCUGCCCUCGAAGGCUCGUCCCGGGCUAGCAGCCCGACACCGCCUGCGAAGGACCUGCUCUUCAAGGCGACAUCAACCUCGAGCCGCGCGACUACGGGACCCCCCCGGCAAACCCCUGUCCCUGUCCCUGUCCCUGUUCCCGGUGCCGCCUCGAGUCUCGGCGUGAUUCACCCCCUGUGGGCCAACUCCGUUGGACUUGAGACUCCUCUCCAACCUAGUGGUAGCGGUAGAAACACUCGGACGAGUAGUUCGGCGGGUGAUGUGACGCCCAAGCCGCAACCUAAGCCCCAGAAUGGUGCGAGUCAGUCCAAGCCGUCCAAGCCGUCCAAACCGUCUAAGCCAUCUCCUGCCACCAAGUCGACGCUGGCCGACAAGGCUCCUAUUACUUCUCAAAGCUUCACACCUUAUACUCCUGCUCCGGCUGUACCUAGUGGAACACGCUUUGCUUCGGAUUUCUCAGCUGGACAACAGCUGGAGCACUCGGCGAAAUCACAACCGGAACAGUCCAAGCGGAAGUUUGAGGGCCCGCCCAAGGAAAAGAGGCAAAGAUACCUCACAUCCACAAAUGGAAAGAAGCCACGCCAAGCGGACGAGGACGACGAAGACGAGCUCGCGGCAGAUGUCUGGGCGGUCAAGGAACUGCUCGACGAGAGCUGGGUGUUUGAGAACGGCACCAAGGUCCACAAAUUUCUCGUCAGCUGGGAAGGCAACUGGCCCCCUGGCCAGAAUCCGACCUGGGAGCCGGUCGCCAAUAUCCAAGAAGAGCUGGUCAAGAUUUUCCGCAAGAAGAAAAACGCAGGCCUGCUAAAAUCGCAGCCAACCCAGAGGACGAUGCUCUCGUACAUAUCGAGGGCCCAGUACUCCAGCCUUGCCGAGGCGUUCGAGGGCGAUGCUGCCGACCACCUCCACCCCCAAGCCUCGGAUGCCGGACACGUUUCGGACGAGCCGGAUGACGAGUUGCUGCCAACUGAGAAUUUCUCGCUCAACGGCAAGGCCAUCACGCCCAUCUUCCCAUCCUUUGACGAGAAGCUGUCAAAGUACAGGCAGAGCUUUUCACAGUUCUAGCCUCGGCCUGGUCGCUACUUGCUUCGCACAUGCUCAGACUACCGACUAUAGGCACCGUCGUGGCCUCUUCUGGAAGGAAUGGAGUGAACGUGACUGACGUGACUAUGACGCUUUGAGAGGGGGGGGAGGGAGGGCUUCGGGGCGAAUUGCAGCAAAUUUUGUAAAUAUAGCUGGCUUUGCUCUACCCUUUUGGUAAUUGGAUUAUUAGAAGGCGGCUGCUAAGGCUCCGUCAGUAAGAAUCGAGUGCGCUUUAUUCCCCAUUGUGGAGCACAUUUCUCUUGACGCUUCGUUGCAUGUUUGUGGCUUCAUCGAGUGACAUGCCAUGUGGGUCUAAGUCUGCCUUGAAAGGAAAAUGGGC